AUGGACAUGAAGAGCCCCUGCAAUUGGAUACUAACGUUCGGAGAUAUUGCCAAUGUGCUGUCUUCUUUGAAUCAAAUUGAGAAGAUACAUCAAGCGGACACAAGAAAGCCUGCUUUCCGUUGGUUGGGCAAGCAAGGGAAACCAAAAGCAGGAAAUGGUGUCACAGUUGAUGGACACCCACCAGGGAAGGCUGUAUCGAACAAAAGAACAUUUGGGACUGAACUAACAAACAUUGACAUGCACAGAAGCAACCUGGAUUCAACAAUCCAGAAGAAAGCAAAACUGGCACAGAGUGGUGGUGACGUCUUGAAAAACUGCAAAUUAGCUGUGCAGAGUCGGCUUGGGCAGGGUAACAAGAGUGGCUUUGUUUAUGGAACUUUCCAUCCUGCUGGUGCAAGGAAACAGGAACCAGAUGGUGGUAAUAAAUCAGUGCAGAGGGAGAGGGCUGAGGACUGGGAGAGCCUGUCUGCUUCAUUUCGACCACAGUACCAGAACCAAGGCCUGGCCUGA